AUGAUUCCGCGCUACGACGGCCUUGUUCCCGCCAUUCGGGGGCCGGCGUCCGCGUGUGCCGUUGCCUCCGUCAAUGCAACGCCAUCGUCGACGACGAAGCGCACGGCGGCGGCCACCACGGUGGCCCGCUACGUCAUUUGCCCUGUCGAGACCACCGGCACGGAGAAUGCGCACGUGAACGCGACGGCGGAGCGCGAGCGGCGUCUGUUUGCGUUCCUUCCCUCUGUCGACUGCGCCGCGCCCCCGCGUGAGCUGCGCGUCUCCUCACAUUAUUUUGAGGACGCGCUGGUUGCGUCCGUCGCAAGCAGUGAUGCGGAGAGCGGCGAGGACUUGGAUGAGGGUGAGGAAAGCCACACCAGCACAGCUAGGCGCGGCAACACGCGCGAAGAUGGCGCGCACGGCAGCAACAGCGGCAGUCGCAAGCGGCGCCGUGCGCGUCGGCGAGAGCCGAUGCGACUCGAGUACGACGGCUUUCUCGCGCCGGCCACGGAAGCUACCAAGCGUGUGCGGCUUGUUUCCACACCGGCCUCAGAGUACAGUCAUUUGACGUGUGUGUUGCUGCAGCUGCCCACAGCGUGGCGUGAACAGGAUAUGGAUGAGGGUGAGGGGCAUGGGAGGACGGCGUGCGUGUCGUCUUCGUCCACGUCAAAGCCACUCAUCACCUCCAUGCCGCUCCGACGGCCGAUACUGCAACUGUGGGGCGAGAGGAACACGGCUGCUGCUGGCCCGAACGAUGGAUCUCUAUGCACCGGCAGCAGUGCCGCUAGCAUCUCAGCCGCCUGGGGCUCUGACACACGUCUGCAAAUCAGCAAGAAAGACUGGAAGACAAUGGACGCGGCCGAGGAGGAUCUGCAUAAGCCCACCAACUGGUCGGACGAUGACGGCGGUGACGCCAGCGACGAAGGCCGAGGAAAGUCGGCAAGUGGCGCAGACGACGCCAUCUCUGCGCGCGCACGCAAGCGAGAAAGGGAGGAGGCGACGAGCAUCGCGGUGCGCUCCUUCCUCGCCGGCACGAAGGAGGCCCUGCGGCAGCAAGGCGCCGUCGGCGCUGCGGAUGGGUUCGCGCAGCCACAGCCAGCGGUGCGCAGUGACAACGCUGCACCUGUGAGUGCGCGAGUAGAGACCUCUGCACCGGUAAAGGCAGCUGCGAAGCGGGCAACCGUAACUGUGCCGCUGUCGUCCGGUUCUUCGGGAUCAAGGGUGCGGUCAUCAGUCGCCACCCCUGCGGUGCCCCCGACCCAUGCUCUUACUACUAACUCUGCGGCACCGCUGCCGUCUUCCGGUGUUGCGCCGCCAGAUGGCUCCGCGUCAUUGGACUCGCUGGCGUGCACCGUGGUGACAGGAAUGCUGUCGAGCGAGGCGCGCAGAGCGGCGACGCUGAUGGAGCUGCAGAAGCGGAUUCUGAAGCAGCUGCCGGAGUUUGCUACCAUGAGCCAAAAAAUGAAGUCGACCGCAACGAAGCAGGAGGCUGUAGCGUGGUUUCAGACAUCGCAACAGGCGCUGCGGGCAUGGCUGGUGGAGCAUGGCCACACCAUCGACUCCGACGGGACGGUUACCUUCGGGGAUGCGUAA